UUUAAAUAAAGCCUUAAAUAAAUUUACUGUCCUGAAGUAAAGACCGCCGGAACAAAGACUCCAUUUCUCUCAAAGGCCAAGUUAGGACAAAGUCCAACCGACUGGUAUUGGAUUAGUACAUGUAGUUGCAACCUCCAUGUCCACAGUGCACAAGAUCUGUCAAAGGCUUUAGUACAAAGCUCGCUCCAGUGGGCCAGGAUAAUACAGACUUUGCCGGAAAUUGGAACGACAUAUAGCUCUAAUCCCUACCCUGCCUUCUUAGAUAAAAUAUCAUGACCUAAAACUCUCAAAACAUCUUCCUAUAUGGAAAUCCAUCAGCUGUUAAAACAUUCAGUAAGCCCCAAUUCCGUUUCGGUGAAUGUUUCCAUUAGACUGACUCAAUGCUCUAAUUGGGCGCUGCUUAUCUAUUUUUAAUCUUAUAUUUUAGUAACCGCAUCAAUCUAUGUUACUAAAUUGAGGCGUAAAUAUUAUUUUUAAAAAAUCCAUGAUUUAAAACGGUCACUAUAAAGUAAUGGUUUGGAAAAUCGGUUAGAAGAUGCAUCGAAAGUUUGAGCAGUCGAGAUUUACAUUGGGCGGGCGUCGGGUCCGGGAGAGGCUGCGGCGCGCGUCCCGCCCAGUGGCAGCUCGACCGCCGCACCGAGCGCACGCCGCGUCGCGCACGCACACCACACGACCCGCCGCAAUGAUGCGGCGCGGUUCGAUGGCCAUGAUGGGUGGUGGUGAACCACUCAUCGUUGUGGAGGAGAGUGGCACCGAGGACACGGACUCCUCGCCGCGGUCGUCGGCUCCAGGGCGCGGGCUCUCCGUGGACCAGGAGUCACCGCCAGACCCGUACCACCUGUCCCCGUGGCGUGACACUCGCAAGCACUCGCUGCCCACACCCUCGUGCACCACUGGGCCUACUGCUAGCCAGGUUCGCCGUUUGUCUGAGAGGGGCGAGAGUGCUGCUCGCGAUGCACGUGAAGCAGCAUUUUUAGCCACGCUGAGCCAGGCACCACCGCAGCCUGGUGGUCGAAGACAUUCCGUAGUAACGAUAUCUAAAGUGCCUCAGGCACUUUUUGGUCGCGGACGCCGUGAGUCUAUCGCAGCUUUCCCGGCAUUGGCUCGUCGCAGAGAUUCCGGAUCUAAGAAAUCUUUAGUUUCAAUUACAGGCCCUCCGGCUACAGACACAUUUGGCAGUACCCAUAAUCUACAGCUGGACAUAAUGGACGACAUAGUUCAGGCGCGCAAAGUGCGCAUGCGUCUUUGGAAUACUUCCAAUGAGCGCGUGUGCGAAGUCCAGCCGCUGGAUGAGCGUUCCCCCAUGAGCGGCUCCGUACGGUACACGAACCGCGGCCGCAGGCACUCAGACUACGUGGGCUCACCUUUGCCACCGAUCCCAGCCCGCCGCCGAGCUUCAGAGAUGCCGCCGCCGCCCCCCAUUCCACCCCGCACUGGUGCCGGAGUCGUCUGCACUGACACAGAUCUUCAUCUCAUGCUGAAUGCGCUCACUUCCUCAGCCACUGAGAUCGAUACUUGCGGCAAACCGGAACGGACUAGGCGACUUGCUGACAUGAGGUCGAGCAGUUUCGAUGCCUCUUCGCUACGUGACAAACCACUGGACUCUGGUACUACUUGGUUCACUAGAAGACACCAGACCUUAGCUACUAAGAAAAAAGAAAAUGAACCAAAGAAAACCAAAGUAACUUUUGCUCCGGACUCUAAACCAGCUCCCGGCGAUGUUGCAGCCGUGGUUUGGGACAAACCAUCCGGCUCCGUGGUGGAUGCUAGUGCGCUCGGCAGUGCCAUCGAAGUAUUUCUACGAAAAAGCACUGCCGCAGAGCCAGGAGCAUCUACAUCCGGUGUAACAAUUGUAAAAGAAUUGGCUCCAAAAACCGAAGUUCGGCUGAAGGCUCGAGACAUUCCGGCUACGGCCAGGCAGACAGGACGCCCCGAGGGCGAGCGCUGGUACCCCAACAGGCCCGAGGAAGAGGAAGCGUCAGAGAGCUGCGACGCUACUCUCUGCAGCUCAUUAAAAGACCUUUUCGUGUAGACAUAACAUGUGUAUUUAAAAUCUUGUAAAUUACAUACCUUUAGUUGUCGAGUAAUAAAGAUUCGUUUCUAAAAUGGAGAGUGAGAGGUACGCGGCGGCAGACGGUGGUCGUGCGCCGCCUACCUGAUUGUACUUUAUGAAUCUUUCUAUGUGAUAGACUACGCGCCGGCGCCGGUCGUCCUGAGUCGACUCACGACCGACGCCUGAUUCGCGUAAAAUUAUUUUUAGAGUAAAUUCUAUUUUCAUUGUAAAUUUUUUGAUAUUAGUGAUCAGAAUAUUGACUUAUUGUUAGAUAGAGAAUUAUAUUCGUAAUUACCGGGCGCGCGUUUUCCACGCCGAGAGGCGGUCUCCCCCCGCGCGCCCGCCCCUCCCCGUCUCGUUCAACAAUCUGUGUCUUGUAAUCCAGUGUUACCAUUAAAACGAUUAAAACUUUCUCAUAUAGCAGAUACUAAGGCGGAGACGUCGGGAGAAACGUACGCUUAAUAGACGAAGGCGACUUCCUGUCGUCCUUAAUCAAUAAAAGUUUUUAUCGAUGUUA